AUGGCCCGGCACUCAGCGACCCUGGAGCCGGGGAAGAACCCAGCGGGCCACUUUUUAACCCCGGAUAUGAAUGUACCAAACAAUGGCGUCGACACGGCCGGGUACGCGCGCAAGCUCACCAAGCGACAGAUUAUGUUCAUGACGUUUGGGGCUGGCAUUGGCACUGGUCUCUGGGUCGGCACGGGUACAGCUCUGGCGGCUGCUGGCCCAGGAGGAAUUGCGGUCGCCUACACGUUCCAGGCAUUCAUCGUAUGGGUCCUGUACAUGUCCAUCGGCGAGAUGGCGACCUAUCGGCCCGUCCAUGGUGGCUUCAUCCGCAUGGCCAGCGAAUACGUCGACCCUGCCCUGGGCUUCGCAGAGGGCGUUAACUUCUGGUUCCAGUGGGUGAUGAUCAUCCCGGCCGAGCUGACUGCCGCCGUCAGCGUUCUCAAGUACUGGGACGGCUGGCAAAAGAUUCCCCUGGCCGGCUACAUCACGAUCUUUCUCGCCAUCACUGCUAUUCCCAACGUCUUCCCCGUUCGGAUGUAUGGACAUAUUGAGUAUGGCAUGAGCUGGUUCAAGAUCCUCGCCAUCUUUGUCGUCAUCGCAUACAUGUUCAUUAUGACGUCCGGCGGCGUCGCUGCCACCAACGGACCCAUUGAGUUCAGUUACUGGAAGAACCCUGGCGCCUUCACCAACAUGAAAGGUCUGUCCAAGGCCUUUGUCCAGGCAGGGUUCAGCUUCGGCUCUGCACAGCACAUCGCUAUCAUCGCCGGAGAGGCUAUCAAGCCGCGCAAGACCAUCAAGUCGGUCGUCAUGCCCAUCUUCUGGCGCAUCUUCCUCUUCUUCAUUCUGAACAUAUGGCUGGUGGGCAUGUGUGUCCCUUAUGACAACAGCGACCUUGUCAACGGCUCGGGCACGAUCGGGAGCCCCUUUGUCAUUGCUUUGAAGCUGGGAAAGCAGUACUGGCUGGCGGAUACUAUCAACGGCUUCAUCUUCCUCACUGUCAUCAGCUGCUGUAUCACAAGCUUUUACAUCUCUAGCCGGUCGCUGACGGCUCUGGCGGAUAUCUCACUGAUCCAUCCCAUCUUUGGGAAGAAAGAUAGCUGGGGCCGCCCGUGGCUGUCUCUCAUCAUCAGCGGUGGUCUAGGCGGAGGACUUGCGUAUCUGAACGUGAACUCGACCGCCAUUGUCGUAUAUGACUGGUUCUCGUCUCUUGUCUCGAUUGCCACUUUCAUGGGCUGGUUAUGCAUGCUUACCACCCACAUUGGAUUCCGCCGCGCUCUUAAAGCCCAGGAUAUUGAUCCCAAGACACUGCCAUUCCAAGCCCCGUUGGCUCCUUACCUGCAAUACGUCGCAAUCUUGUGCGUACUCUUCAUCAUGGGCUGCGAGUUCUACCUCGCGCUGUUUGCAGAUGGGACACCCACCGCCAAGGGCUUCUUCUCCGUCUACUUGGCGUGCCCACUCUUCCUUUUCGACUUUUUAGUGUACAAGCUCUGGUAUAAAACCAAGUUCGUCAAGCCAGCAGAAGUUGACUUCACUGAGGCGUACGCAUUCGAUGCGGAGGACAGGGCAGAGGCGGAGGCGGAAGCCAGUGCUGCCAGUGGUAAGAGCGAAAAGCCAAAGCGGAAGUGCGAUCCUGUUCAAAUCGUCAAGAAUAUUGUCCUAGGCUGA